ACCAACUGAGCCACCCAGGCGCCCUUUCUUCUUCUUCUUGUCUGGCUGCCCUACCUUUCACCAUAUUAUAGCCAGGAACACUCUAAAAUGCAUCUCUGACUUCAUUUCUCUUUUGCCUGAAACCAUCUAUGGCUCUGAUUUUUCCUAGGGGAGAGUCCAGGCUCUGGAUACCUGUCACCUGGGUAACUUCCUCUUUAUACUGAAACAUCUGCUCUCCUGGAGGGCUUUCUCUCUAUGCUGGACCGGGUUGGUCCCCUGCACCUGUCCCAGCAUAACACCAUCUCUGUUAUUGUCAUUCGCCAUUUGUCUAAACAAUAGAGCUGCACAGGACAAAGCAAGGUCUGCACUCUUCUCCUGAUGGUUCCUUCUCUGCCCACUCUGUUUUCUGCAGAACCCCUGGGGACUUUGCCUGGGGAGGGAGCCCAGUGUGUGGUUAAUAGUACAGGCUGGGAACCAGGAAGCCCUGAAGGCCCUGCAGGGUUUGGCUUGGCUGAAGGCAAAGGCUAGGGUUCACGCUCCAGACGCAGAUCUGGAUGCACCAGAGUGAUGUCGAAAGAGGAGGAGGAGUAGACUUGGAGCCAGGAAUCUGGGUUCCGGCCACGAUUCCCGUGUGACCCUGGGCAAGGUACUCCCACAGUCAGACAGGACACGCUGCCUGAGAGGUGAGGAGCCGGCGCGCGGCCCCGCCCCCGAGGCUAGCCUUCAGACUGCGCAAAUGCAGAGGAGGGGCAAACAGCUCCGCCCCCAGGGGCGGGGCCGAGGCCGGCGCCCUGAGCACCGCUCUUGCGCGCCCAAUCACAAAUGACGUUCCGCCUGUUCCCAGUCAACGGGAGGACCCAAUCAACGUCGAGAGCGUGAGCCCCACCUAUCUUAGGUCCCUGCGGCGGCCGUAGUACGUCAGAGCUGCUGGUUGGCUCCGGUCUAGGGGCGCGGGGGUCCGCAGGGCCUGAGCCCGGGGCCCAACCUGGCUUUCCGGGAUGUCGGUGGCCUUCGUACCGGACUGGCUGAAAGGCAAGGCGGAAGUCAAUCAGGAGACGAUCCAGCGGCUCUUGGAGGAGAAUGACCAGCUCAUCCGCUGUAUUGUGGAGUAUCAGAACAAAGGCCGGGCGAAUGAGUGCGUCCAAUACCAGCAUGUGUUACACAGAAAUCUCAUUUAUUUGGCUACCAUCGCAGAUGCCAACCCAACCAGUGCUUCAAAAGCAAUGGAAUAAUCUUUCAGUUGUCUGUCGUGAGGAGUAAUUGAGGAUAAUCCAUGUCCUAUGAAGUAAAGACAGGAUCUUUACCAACUCAACUGCUUAAAACACGGAUGAACCCUUGUGCCUCUUUUAAAAAUGUGAAAAUGUGAAGAAAGCUACUAAUGAACUGUAUUCUCAGUGUAAAUAUUUAUUUUAAUAAUUAAGCAGAUUAAGUUGACUCCAGAUGUUCUCUUUCCUGAAAUGGGCAUGUUUGGAUAACAGAGAUAUCAUGGGCAUCUUCAAUUCUACCUCUUCAGUUUCAACAUGAAGAUGAAACUGAUUAGGUGGUGGGCAAGCAAUAGCAAUUGACGAGACUCCUAACUGAGGCGCUGCCGAGUGGAUGUGUAACUCUGUGCUCCCCACUGUCAGUUGUAGUGGUGGACCUAACCAUUGUUUUCAGGCUGCUUUGAAAUAAAGCUUGCCUUUCCACAGAACACUCAUAUUGAGGUAUAGAGAUUUUCAUAAGAUAAGUGUUCUAUUUGGUUUUCCGGAAAAACUGUAAGAACUUAAAAAUAUAUGUAACAACACCAUUAUCAUUGGUAACAAAAUCAAUAGUAAUUCUUAAUUACUACUUAAUAUCAUCUACUAAUAUCUUUUCAAAUACUUUUUUAAAAUACCUUCUUUCUCCUGUCUUUUUAAGGUUCUUGGCUGGGGCUCUAUACCAAAAGACAGAUUAACAAAAGAAAGUUUUAUGUGACAUGGGAGGCCUUCAUAAAGAAAUGAAGACCCAAAGAAACAGUUAAACCUGAGUAUUUUUAUAUGAGAUCAGACGAAAAGUGGAAAACUGAGACAGAAGGAUAUGAACAAAGUGUAGUAAAUUGGGGAAACUUAACAUGGUCUUUUCGUUCAAAUUCUCAGUGUUGCUCCAUUUUAAGAGAUAAGGAUGCUCCUUUCUUCUGAGUAUAGGGAGGGCACCUCUCACAUGAGGGUCUUAUGAUCUGCUUCAUGGGAGGUCAGAAAGUCCUUCCAGCAUCUGCCAUUUCUGUUUCUUCCACUUGAAAUAUUCAAUAAGCCAACGUGCCAUAGUUUGGAGUAGCAUGUCCUGAGCCCCAUCAAUUAUCACAGAAUGUCUUUUUGUUGAUUUCUCUAACUCAGGAUCCAAACAAGAUUCAUACACUGCCUUGUGUUGAUGUCCCUUAAGUCUCUGUGAAAAUACUUAGCAGUUCCCCUUCUUCUUUGCCAUUUGUUUCGAAAGACUAGGUCAUUUGCCCUAAAAUUUCUCAUAUUCUGUAUUCACCUAGUUGUAUCCCUAUGGUGUCAUUAAAUAUGUCCCACUAGUGCCCACUUUUCCUAUAAACUGGUAGAUCUAGAGGCUCAGUCAGACUCCGAUUCUAAUAUUUUUGGCAAGUAUACAUCAUGGCAGGUAAGAGGUACUUGCUUUUGCAUCACAUCAGGAAUGACCUGAUUUGAUUUAUUAAUCAGGUGCCUGAUAGCCUUUUGCUUAAAUUAUGACCUGCCUAGUUUUGAUCUAUUAUUUCAUUAGGGAAAGCAUACUGGUGAUUUCCUAUUUUAUCAUCCCUUCUGCCUUUAUUAGCUUUGUUCGAUAAAGAACUUUCCUUCUUUGAGACUUAAAUGUAAAAUGAGGCAAGGAGAUUUUCCUAAGUGAACCCAAAAUUAGAAUCUCCGAUGCCUGGCUCCUUUUGUAGGAAUCAAGGGUUGCAACCCAGAGAGACUAAAUGUGUAAAUAGUGAAGAGAGACCUCAUUUUGAAUCCUAGCUCAAUUGCAGUCUUUGAGAGCUCUUGUUUCACCUAUAAAAUGAGGAUAAUGAAAGUAGUAUCUGCCACCUGAGGUUGUGAGAUUGAGAUACUGUGGUUGAGAGCUGGGCACGAAGUAAUGUAUGUUAAUGUGUGCUCUGAUGUGUUAUCUGAUGGCUCUGGCCUUUUCAGGCCCUUCUCAAGCCUGGGAAGAAGCCUGUUCUUUGCUCCCUCACCCAUUUUUCCAUCCUUAGGGUCCUAGCCCAUUAAUGGACUCUUCCUCCCCCCACUGUUCAUGGGGUUGAUGCCCAUAUACUAGGCCAAGUGGGCUGCUCAUGGGCCUGACCUGGUCCGCAGAUAUGGUGGGCACUAUGCAAUGUUUUUGUUUUGAAUUAGUUCCUAACAUUUAGAGAGGAUUUCCCAUUAUAGCCUGGAUUUCUAGCAAUGCUGGACCUGCAGGUCCACAUGGCAACCAUCGGCUGGAGUUGGAUGGCAGCUGUCUCCCUUUACUAGGCACCUUGACUUGUUUACAUAUGUCUUGGCCUGAGCUGGGAUGAGAGCAUCAGCUGAUGUUUCAAUUUAGGUCUCGCCUCAAACAAGCCUGAGACAAGGCCUUGGGUGCAGAUAGUUUAUUUGGGGGACGAUCUCAGGAAGCAGGAAUAAGGCCAUGAGGAGAGUGAGACAGGGAAGAAGGAAAAGCCACUAAAUGUGUGUGUUACCAAGGUUACUCCUAUAGGCAAUAAGGACUCAAUCCGGGCGGUAGGGGGAUGAUCUCAAAAGCAUACAAAUGCCCCAGAAGUGUCCGCCUGAGUUGGGGUUCCCUACAGGGGAGUUCAGUCCCCUGGACUAACAAGCAGCCUUUGCAGCCAAGUCCUAGAUGUCAGAGGAGGAAGAAAAUAAAAAGCUGCAUGGCAGCCCCUGAGGGGGGCUUCUGCCAGCACAAGGUGAGUCUGACCUUGUAGGAACUGUCCACUGCUGGCAAGGUAGGCGAGGGUCUGUGACAGAGCAUCAGAGGUUCCAGUGUGUGGGCUCUGAGCAAGCCAGUAGGGCCUAUAGUAGGAACGUGUAGGAGAGGCAAUAGCCUUGAAGACAAAAGUUCAGUUCUCCCUCAGGGGGAAGGAGUUUGUGACCUGCUGUUUCCCACCCUUUGUCUCUUGGAAGGUAUUUCAGUCCAUGUGUAGAGGACUGAAGCAGGGCAAAUCACAAGCCUCUGGAAAUGGCCAAGGCUAUUUAAGCCACAGUUUACCCUACUCUCCAAAGGGCCCUUUUCUGGGGAGAUACGCUGGAGAAGCUGCGGCAGGCCACUUAGCUGUCAUCAUAUGUGCCCCCCAGCUUACCUCUACCUGUCUGCUUCAGAGACCACCUGAAGCACAAGUAUCUGCCAUCCCUCUUAAAGGACCCAGAAAUCAAUAUAAUUGUGAAAGGUGAUUUAAAAAGGUAAAGACCAAACCUGGCCAGAAUGUAUUAGCCACUCUCUCUUCUCAGAGGACCUCCUACUUCAAGAUUAAUCCUCUACUCAGCCUGUCUGCCCUUUUCCAACUCUCAGGGUCAAGCUGAUCUCUGAACAGCCUACAUAGGGCCUGAGCCUUUCUCUGGGGUUUCCAAGCCUGCUUCCCAGGAUUUGCAACUGUGGUGACUGACUUCUGUCAUUACCACAUUCUCCUGAGGUGAGGAUAUGGCAGCUAAAACAGAGAGAGCAGAUAAUUUGAGGUCGGGUUUAUUCCACAAGAUGUGAAGCUAUUUUUCCACUUCCUUGUGAGGCUUUUUGACAUCCAAGUCUGACUUUUGGGGACCCCAAGUCACAAUAUGGCUAGGGAGGAAAGGAUGUUCAGUGCUAUCUCAUAUGUUCUUGAACCUCUGUAAUAAACUUCCGUUACUAAAGGUGAUCCUGAGUAUAUUUCUUAAGCUGGGUACAUAAUAUCUUCAUUUUAUUGUUACUCUACCUCACACGUAAUAUGGUUUUGAUUCCAUUUUAAUAAAAGCAAUUUUAAGAAGUUA